AUGUCUUCCUCAGAAGCGUCCCCGUCGUCUAAAGACUUCAAAAAUUCGCUGAACGAAACUGCCUGGGAGGAAGGCAUGGUGACCCCGCAACAAUUGUCAGUAACAGAUUCAGCCGCCUCGCAACUCGACCCUGUUUCAAUCUUCUAUAGUGCAGCAUCUAUAUCAUCUACCAAUGCAAACGCAACCCAUUCCCUUGACGCCAAAAAUGAUAUUUCAACGGAAUUAGAUGCUUCUGUAGCGCCAACAAACGAUAGAUUCUUCACAUUUGAAAAUUUGUUUGACGUUGAAGAUUUGGGCGUAUCGAGCUCGGUUACAGAAAACAAUGACUUAUUUUCUACUUCAACAGCAGCUGAAAAUUUAAACAGAACUUCUACUGAAUCAACGUCAUACGUUACAUCACCACGAACAAUACAGCCUGUAAUGUUAACAAAUAUGAAUACUUCCGUUUCUUCACCCGUUUCCGAAAGUGUUACAUCACCUGACACUCCUCAGUCUCCUGAUGAAAGUACUAGUGGUAAAAAGAAACAAAAUGGUGGGAGAAAGAGAAAAGCCGAAAGCUUGGAAGAAAAAGAAGCACGUGCUCGAGAGAGAGUUUUGCGAAAUCGACACGCCGCUCAGAUGUCUCGUGAUAAAAAACGACGACAAUUAGCUGAUCUGGAAUCUCAAAAUGCGUUAUUAAAAGAAGAUAAUAUUCAUCUUUCAAAACGUAUAAAACUUGUUGAAGAAGAAAAUGUCGCAUUAUCUAUCAAACUAGAAACGAUAUCAACACAACUUGCAGAAAUACAAUCACAUUUAGCCGUAUCCGAGGUGACCAAACUCCUACUUGACGGUGUUCGCGGAUCAGCAGCAUCCGCGACCUUGGAAAAAAAUACUCUUGCGCUGAACGAUGAAGUCCCAGCAGCGGCACGUCAAGUUGAGGAACCUUUACGGGACGUCGACAUUACCAAUUCUUUCCUGUCCGAUUUGGAUGUUCCCUCCUCAAAUACUGAAUCGACUGUUGCUGACCUUCUCGAUAGUUUUCUGGACUACGACUGGUCAGCCGAGGUUCUGUCUCCAAUUCAACAACAGCAGAAAACGAAUGGUAUAUGUUAA